CCACCUGUUUCGCGAAAGAGCAGAAAUACCGAGAGCUUCUUUUGUAUGUUGCCUUUCUCCGUACGGAACGGUCGUGUUUGCGGGACUGGCGUUUUCUGUGCGUUGUGUGCUGUUCCCUACCUUGCACACCAAAGUAGGCUUUGAUUGUUGACGCAGAUAGGUCAAACAGCAGCAUCAUCGUGUGGUCGUUUUUUAAUGUGCAACAGCAGUGCUGCUAGUGGUGUGGUGUGUGUGUAGAAGUGUAAAAAAGCAGGUGAAACAAUGCAUUGUCCACAAGCGUUACGGUUCGGUCGGUUCCAUAUGGCAGCAUCGGCAGCAGCAUCCGACGGUAGCGAAACCAUCCUCAACGCCAGCAGUAAAAGCAACAGCAGAAACAGCACCAAAAGCUGCACACGUCUACAGUAUUCGUCAAUGUGUUGGUGGUUGGUAGCGGUUUCGGCGCUUUUGGUGGCCCUUGCAUUGCCGCCCUCGGUCUGUGGGCUGCCCGAGGGUGGUGGGAGCUAUCCGGUCGGCAAGUUCCCGUUCCUGAUGCCGAAGGUCGUCCCGUACAAGCCCGAACUCUACCUCUGCACACCGGUCAAGGUGGACUACACGAAGAGCUACUAUAUCGUGGGCUUCGAACCGAACGCCACGAUGGCCACCGCCCACCAUAUGCUGCUGUAUGGCUGCGGCCAGCCCGGUUCCGAAUCGGCCGUAUGGAACUGUGGAGAGAUGGCGGGAGGCAGCGAGGAAAGUGGCAGUCCCUGUGGCAGUGGUGCCUCGUCGCAGAUUAUCUACGCGUGGGCCCGUGACGCACCGAAGCUGGAGCUGCCGGAAGGCGUUGGAUUUAAGGUCGGCAAGGACUCGCCGAUCCAGUACAUCGUGCUGCAGGUCCACUACGCCCAUAUCGAUAAGUUCAAAGACGGAACCACGUACGAUGACUCCGGAAUAUUCAUCCACUACACGACGAAACCGCUGUCGAAGCAGGCCGGCGUUAUACUGCUUGGUACGGCCGGCAUCAUUCCACCAAUGGCAACCGAACACAUGGAAACGCUCUGCGACAUCCCGGAGGACAAGGUUAUCCAUCCGUUCGCGUACCGCACGCACACGCACAGUUUGGGCCGGGUGGUUUCGGGCUAUCGGAUUCGGAAGAACGAAACCGGUGCUGACGAGUGGACGUUGCUCGGCAAGCGUGACCCGCUGACGCCACAGAUGUUCUACCCGGUGGAGAACCGUGAACCGAUUCGAAAGAAUGACCGGCUGGCCGCGCGCUGUACCAUGGAAAGCAAUCGGACGCGCGUCACGAGAAUAGGUGCUACCAACGAGGAUGAAAUGUGCAACUUCUAUCUGAUGUACUACGUGGAGAACGACGAGCCACUAAAUAUGAAGUACUGUUUCAGCAACGGUCCGCCACUGUUCCGCUGGAGUGAAACGGAAUUAAAUCACAUUCCCGAUUACGAUGCCAGCCAUCUGUAGAGCGCACAUCGUCGUACCGGCUGGGUACAGGAGACCCGCAUCGUAAAGGAUAACAGUAAUGACCGCACAAACACAAACUCAACAUCGGUGUGUCGGUUGGGGACAACGCGUUGCGGAAAGCUGGGACAGUGCUUUUCCCCUUUCCUCGAAUGGCCCAUUGCAGGUGGUGAACCGCUGCUGUUGUUGCUGAAACUCAACAUUCCUACUAAACUCCUUUUCCUACCCGCUUCCCCCCCACCGGUUGUCUCUUAUCCCCCGCACCACGCACAUAUUUUACACAGUCGAUAGGUGUGCGAACGAGCUAUUUCCCGCUCUGAAGGACCGGCCACUUGAAAAGUACGAAUUUUCAUAUCAGAACAAUUUUAAUCGACGAGCAAACGGUUUAAGCAUUUGUGAAAUGGCAUGCAUAAUUAACCCAUUAUCCUAUCAAAAUUAUCGAAACUCUCCACUCCAAAACCACCCCCCCCCCUCCCCCCUUGUUCCCUCACUUACUCUCUAAUCAACCCCGCCGCUGCUAUGAGACGGUAAAGACAGUCUUCAAUUCCAAUUAUUUCAUAUGGAUAGAGUAGGAUUCCGGCUGGGAAGCUUUCGUUCUAGUCAUAUGGGAGUUUUUGUUUCGUUCGUCCACUUUUACUUUGUGUAGAAUUAUCGUUUCCGAGCAAGCAAACAAGAUUGAGAGACUUUAAUACGGAAUCGAUGGUACAAGAAUGCAAAAUCGGAAGGUUACUUAAGGACAGAUGGUAUAUUUUUCAAUCGUUCUAUACAAUAGAAGGAUGCUAAAUGUUACACGCAUGGAUGGACGGUUUGUGUGAAUGGUGUGUCUGAUGGAAUGAAUGAUGGAGAGAGAGAGAGUUGAGCUGAGGCAGGUCGAUGAAUCGAUCUGGACAAUGCAUAGCAUAUGUCCCGAUUGUGUUCUGAUGCGCGUUAGUACAUUAAGACGAUAGACAGAUGGACUUGUGAACCGAUUUCAGUUGCUAAUUGUGUUGAGCUUUUGCAGAAGCAGUUUACAGAUUCCUCUGGGGACGACACAUUUACAGAAGAUUUAUAUUUGCAUUUAAUCAGCUGUUUCAAUUUGUCCUACUGCUUGUUGUUACAGUUGUUAACCCUUCAACCGGCUUUCAUUCGUCGGGAAUAUAUUUUAAACGAGCAUUUAACGUUACGCAUUUUACCGUACCGAAGAGAGAGAGAGAGAGAGAGAGAGAGAGAGAGAGACCGAUUACGCGAAGCACCUUAUUUUACGCUUUUUGUUUACCACCAUGCGCAUCACAUGCAGAAAGAGAGGUAUGAUUAUCGAAUGUUGUUUGUUUUGUAGAUAAUUGUAACAUUAGUGAACCAUGUGUAAGGACUAUAAAGUGUAGUUGUAGAGCUCACCGUGCGAAGAGCGGCAUUACAUAAAAAGCCGGCCUCAAACACACAAAAGAGAAGCAAACUGUCCUCAAAGUACGAUCAACCAUCUCGUGGUUGAGAGAAGCGUGGAGAGAAAACAUGAAAUCAAGUAACCAUUGCAGAAGUCGUAUGGCUGCCAUAUGUGUACCUCAGACACCAUACGGGCAGGCAGGCAGGCAGGCAAAUCGUGAAACGGAAAGACUUUCUUCAAUGCACAUUGUUGCGAUCGGACACACAACAUUACACACAUGCACUCUCUAUGAUCGCGAUCCGCGGCGACAAAAUAUGGGCACGGUCUAAGGUGUUUGAUUUGAGCACUCUGCCUAGAGAAAGAGGCCGUACAGCGUGUGGAUGAGUGUGGAAUAGAACUUGAUAGUGAGAAAUGGACAACACACACAAACCCCUCCUCACACACACAAACCCCUCCUCACACACACACACAUAAUUGCGUAGACAGAAAGGACAUAUUAUAUAUACACCCAAAACACUAAACAAGGUACCAUAUAUAUAUAUACAUAUACAUACAUAACUAAUAUAUAAUUAUACAUUCGUGUCAGAAGGAACUCCCCUAUUUUAUUACCUGUACGAAGCCGCUGUUGUGUAGAACAGACGUGCUCACAGAAGAAUGGGAAUUGGACCGCCGAUGUCCGCCGGUCACAUCUGCGCUAAAACCAAACACUUGUAAACUGUCCCGACCAUUUUCCGCGAAUCAAAUGAACCCAUAUCCAGUGAAACACUAUGGUAGCUGUGACUGAUGUUCUUUUCCUCCAUUACAUUUUCAACCAUUAGCCACAUUGUAUGUCCUCUUCCCGGCUGUUGCUAGGUUCCACUUCAAUUUCAACUUCACGCUCAGUUGACUGAAAUGACUUCUAGGCAGCAAAAUGUAGAGCUGCAAACAAGUAUAAUCGUCUUGGCUCGACAUGCGUGUGGAGUAAUGGCAGGAAGAUGGUUGCAGUAACUCCACCGUGGCAAUUGUCGCUUGUGUACAGUGCAGUAAUCUCUCUAACGUAUGUGAAUCUUUAACGCAUUGCACAAUAAACAGGAAGAGAUACAUAAUAUUCAUAUUCAUAGAAA